AUGCACUCACAAGCCGAAUAUCAUGAAAUGACAAAUAUCGGCCAACAGGCAUUGCAGACGACGACUGAAGUGACAUACGAGAAGGGCUCAGGUACAAGGAAGGUUUGCUUGGUUGGCUUAGGCUUCAGCGUCUUGGUUGGAGUCAUUUUCUUUCUCCUGGGUUGCAUUGUACCGCACAGAUUCAACGGCGAAGACGAUGUCAUUGCAUUUUCACCAGUAGGCUUGGAGCUGCUCACCCUCGGCAUCGACUUUGCAGUGCUCAUUGUGACGGAAAUCAAUGGCUAUAUACAUAGUCUUUCACUGAGAUGGGCACUCUACCACGAAGGUAGACUCGACUUCAAUAGCAGUCUCCGUCUCCUCACGGUGGCCAAAGAAACCCCUGCAAACGGACUCCUGGCCAACAUUGCUUAUUUCAUCACACUGUCGUUCUGUUACGGAGCUGCGUCCGUCGUUGUCGUGCGCAACACUUAUGUGAUCCGGGCGGAAGCUCUGGGAUCAUUGGCCGAUGAAUGGGAAAAACAUAGCCACGACGCAAACUUCAGUCGUGUUGGACCUUUGAGUCUGGGCUUCGCAAUACUAAUUCAAUGCGCUCUGUCGAUAUGGUGUCUGCAAAGCCAGACAUUCGCCAGUUGGGAUUCGAGUCCACUCACGACUCUGGCAGCGUUCGGAUUGCGCGGUGAUGAGCUGAUUGCCCAAUCCGGGACAUCUGAAGCGAGACCUUCGCGCUCCGACAAGAGACGGUCUCCCUACGCCUCGCACCCUAGGGUGCGUCUUGCCCUUGCCAUCGUGACGGUUGUGUUCCUCGCAUUCAUGGUCUGGACGGCUCUGCUCAUCCCCUACGGUAUCCGCAAUCAGCCGCGUGGCAGCUGGGCAUUCUUUCCCACCUCGACCAACGGCGACGACGACGAGGAUCCCAACACGAUGACCAUCUUUCUCAAGUUCUUCAAGGUCCACAACGAGGUGUACGAAAACCGCGGCGGCACCUUGGGCCCCGACUACGUGUCCGAAUCCAAUCUUUUCGGGAUUCUCCUGCUCUACGUCGUUCUCCAGUCCCUCGUCACCAUCGGCCUCCACAGCGCCGAGCUCCAAGUCCUCAUGCUGCGUGACGAGGCCACGUGGCAGAAAUCUUCAGCUUGCGGAAGCACAAGUUGGUCGUCGCUCAGUUCCGUCAUGGCACCGCUCCGAUCGCCGCCGAAUGCUGUUUUGUUGUUGUUCAAACCCGUCCUACAUUGGUUCUUUGCGAUAUGUCUGAGUGUGGAUUAUGCUCAGGGCAUGGCGAUGCGGGCGCCACAGACGGCAUACCUCACGGCUGCCUGGGCGAUCUUUGUCAUUUUCGCCUACGGGAUUAGCUUCUACAGACCAAGGGGCGCGUUACCAUUGACAUAUGGACGGCUGAGUACAAUGCGAGAAAAGGAAAUAGAACGGCUGAAUGGUGGUGGUGGUGGUGACCUUGCCAGAGAUGGAGGUGGAAGAUGA